AAAUGAAUCAAGGAACCGACUCAAAAGAACGAUUCGUUUGCGACUCGGACUCCGCUACGCUGUGAACCGAGCGUGAAUUAUGCAUUCGGACUAACAAGGCAAAGUGAUGCUCAGAGAGGAGGACAGAGGACUCGGGGAAGAUGCAUUAAAAGGCGAUGAAGUUCUGUGAAGCGGUUUCUCGUCGCAGCGUUAUCUACGCACGCAUGAUUCAUUUAGUGUAGUGUUUUAUUGCUACGUAGCACGGGGUGGAUUUUAUAGCAAAGGAUAGAAAAAAAAAACGAUAGUCGAUAUCGGAUGGUCGGUGAAAGGAAGAGAGGAAGGGGGGUGUAUGAUUUUAAUGAUGAUUUAUAGGCUACAGCGGAUCGUCGCUUAAUUCUGAAUCACAGCCUGAACUUCUGAGGAAAUAACAAACAAGCGGUUUAUUCGGUAAAGGAGAGAUGGAUGGAGAGGCAGGCAAAAGAAGGGCUCUCUGAUGAAAAGAGCAACCUCCCUUUGGAAUGAACAAAAAAUGAUGAAUGUGCUUUUUCUCUGAUUGGUCCGGCAAAACAGAAAAGACUCCACUUCGGUUAGCGAGGACAUCUGAGGACAGAACUGAACAAUGACGGUGAACAAUGGCACUUAAUUACGAAUAACUCCGUUUUGUGGCUUUUCAUUCUGUGUGAGGAAGAGAAGUCAGAUAUUUUGCAAGCUUGCAUGCCAUGAAAGAGGAUUUGAAAUACUGGCUUGCGACCGAAGUGGCUAGUUGGAAUUCAUGAGGAAUGUGGAUGAGAUAUCUUAUAUCUGAGGGCCAUUUUAUUGACUUUUUUUUUUUUUUUUUUGCCGAUUAAAAUGUUUCAAGCUCUUCCUGUCACAUAUUUUUACUGAUUGGAACCACCCUACGAAUCUCAACUUUCCUGAACAUUCUGCAUGGAUUGUCACUCCUCUGGAAUAAAUCUGCUCAUGAUGUACAGCAUUGCAUCUCACUGAUUCUCAAACACCAACCCAAUGAGAAGCGGCGUACUCACCGUCAACAGCAGGGAAGAGAUCCAGUGAGUCAAUGUGGAGUCCAUUAUCUUUCACUGCCAGAUCUCCCUCAGAGCUGAAACAGCACCUACUCGGCUUUGGUGUCAGAAGUAAGAGCUCUCUCUCUGUUAUCUGCUUCUAUCCCACCCUCUCUGGCUAGCUUAUCCUGAUCCUGCUAUUGACAGACCUGAUGUCCAAGUCAAACUUACAAUGGGUAAAAGAAAACGUGCCACAAGACCAAAUGGACUUCUGAAUCAUCUUGUGUGAAGAACCAUUAUAUUGGUUGAAUUGUGCUAUAAAAGGCAAGUGGAGUGCUAGGAGUGCUUGCUGGUUGCAUGAUGGCUCCUGAAGGUAUAGGAGAGCUUCGAGACUUGCUCUUCUUCCUGCUCCUGUGCCUCACAUUAUUGGCAGAGCUACUGGAGACGACUGCAGCCUCUUCACAGGGACCGGAUGGCGAAGGUGACAUAGUGUGCCCAUCUGUGUGUCGCUGUGAUGAGGACUUUAUUUACUGCAACGACCGCGGAUUGAGUGCAAUCCCACCUCUGCCACCAUCUGCAACUGUCCUUUAUCUCCAGAACAAUCACAUUGACAAUGUAGGGCUUCCUAGGUCCUUGGAGCAUCACACCACCGUGCGUGUUAUAUAUCUCUAUGAUAACGAGCUUGAUGACUUUCCCAUGCAUUUGCCACCUUCAUUAAGAGAGCUUCACCUCCAGGACAACAACAUUCGAGUGUUGCCAAGGGCAGCACUUGCUAGACUUCCACUCCUUGAAAAGUUGCAUCUGGACGACAACUCUGUUUCUACAGUGAGUAUCGAGGACCAGGCCUUUUCGGACAACCCUCGGUUACGUCUCCUCUUCCUCUCCAGAAACCACCUUUCCAGCAUCCCAUCUGGUCUUCCUGCCUCACUAGAAGAACUCCGUUUAGACGACAACCGAAUCUCUACUAUUCCUACUCAUGCCUUCCGGGGUUUGUCCUCUUUACGUCGCCUGGUCUUGGACGGUAAUCUUUUAGCUAAUCAACGCAUUGCUGAUGAUACCUUCUCACGCUUGUCAAACUUAACAGAACUCUCCCUGGUCCGUAAUUCACUUCAAACACCCCCACUUAACUUGCCCAGUGCCCACCUGCAGAGACUCUCCCUUCAGGACAAUAACCUCAUACACAUGCCUCGGGGCUCACUUGAUGGAAUGCGCAGACUACAGCGCCUAGAUCUUUCUGGAAACAAUCUGACCACCCUUCCCAGAGGAUUGUUCAGGGACUUGGAGAGCCUGGGGCAGCUGCUUGUGAAAGGAAACCCAUGGCAUUGUGGGUGCAACUUGCGCUGGCUGCACGACUGGCUGGAAGCAAAGGGGAAUACAAUUACAGUGAGAGGCUUUAUCUGCCAGACACCAGAGCGAGUCCGAGACAUGGCUCUUAGAGACCUCACGAAUCAGAUGGAUGAAUGUGAGUUGGCUGCUGCUGGUGGUGGAGGAGUAGGUACAGGAGUCGGCGUUGGUGGUAACAGGGUGAGUGGAGGAGCGGCGGGAGCCAUUUCUACCACCCUUCCGCCCCCUCAAGGGUCCCUGUUUACUCUCAGAUCCAAGCGACCAGGCCUCAGUCUCCCAGAAACAGGGCUGGACUACACAUUAAGCAGCAGCGGUGUGGGCAAGAAUCUGGCCCUGAAUGUGAAACCCCUUUCCCACAACAGUAUCCGCGUUACCUGGAGCGUAGCGCAAACAUCUUCUUCCUUUCGAUUAAGCUGGCUUCGCCUAGGAACCAGCUCUGCCAUGGGGUCCAUCACAGAAACCUUGGUUAGGGGUGACCGGCGGGAGUAUCUUCUCACUUCCCUGCAGCCUGCUUCCAGCUACAUCAUCUGCAUGGUGCCUCUAGUGUCUAACAGUGGAAGCAGGAGUAGUUUGCCUGGGGGGGACACAGAACCAAACGAGGUUCCAGUUUGUGCCAGAACAGAAACGUCUGAUCCUGGCCACACUGAUGAUGACGGUGAAGACGACAGCUCUGAUCAAAUGACUUCUCUUCCACUUGCAGGAAUUAUUGGAGGUGCUACGGCAAUAGUUUCCCUUGCUCUAAUCAUUGCCAUUUUCUGCUGGUAUGGGCACCGUGCGGGACAUUUCACAUCACGGGACCGUUACAACCAUGGUAGCUCUCGCAAGAGCAAACACUGUGAUGACUACAUUGAGUCAGGCACAAAGAAAGACAACACUAUCUUAGAGAUCAGAGGUCCAGGAUUUCAGAUGACACCAAUGGCAACAAGACAGCCCCUUCAACCGAAACCAGUCAGAGAGGAUUACAUUAUACACACCAUCUUCCCCUCGAAUGGCACAGGUCUACACAAGCCAACCCAAAACAUGACCAACUCUGGCUACGGUAGCAACCGUGGUUAUAGAGAAGGAGGCAUUCCAGAUAUAGAUUACUCUUACACAUGAUAGCUUUGAUUUAGAAACCAUAAUGUACUGCAUAGAUACACAGUUUUUAAUCAACAUGGGCUCUGCAGAAUCCCUUUGUGCCUUCUGGUCUCCAUUACAAUGUAGCCUGCUGUUCAUGACACUAUAAAACUUUUAAUUGGCCCAGAUGCUUAUAGGAAGCAUUAUAAAUGUGGUGCCAGGAGGCGGGGAUGCCAUUUCAGGUGGUGAUACCAAAUGCUAUUUUCACCUCCCAGUGUAAUGAUCAGUGUCCCUGGAUUCAAGGGCAGCCCACACCACAUUCAGCUCACAGACUGUUCAUAAAGAUCAGUGCAUAUAUGGGAGAGUGGCAGUCUUCUCACAGGAAAUAACCAACCUGCUGUACAUUUUAAUCUUUGUAUCCAAUGAGAUGAAGCUCCCGAGUCAACGGUUUGAACCAGGAUUGAAAAGAGUCCUGCAUCAAGCAAGAAAACCUCUUUGCUUAGAGGAAACUGGAAAUGUGUUGUUGCAAGUGAUUAUUCCUGGGAAAUGCACGGGUUCACAUGCACAGUUUUUUUUUUUUUUUUUGGAGAUAUGAGCUGCAGAACACAAUUACUAAUCCUAAUAAAGUUGGAGUGUCUGGACCAAGCAGAGACAUGGCCCUCAAAAACUACAGCAAGGUUUGAAAUGCCUCAAAAACUAAAUUCAUUUGAAUUCUUAUACACUUGAAAACUGCCUGAUGCUACUAUGAUAAGGUCCACCAAGCGUUGUGAUGACUCUUCUAGUUUCAGACUGGUGUAAAGUUGAGAGGAUGAAUGAAACCUGUUUUUGUGUCUUGAGGAACUUUAAAUUUUUAAAAAUUGCAACUUAACCCUGGUGUGUUGAUAGAUACAAACAAUGCAAAUUAUUUUUAGUAUUCUUUUUGUUUUGUUUUGUUGUUUUUGUUUGCUCUUUUUAAACUUGUUUCACUUUAAUUUUGAACUCAUAUAGCCCUGCUGAUAGUUAUAUUAUAAUUUCAAAGAAGGUUAUCACUAAUGUAAAAGAUAAUUUUCCUACAAAAACACAAAACUUGCUUGUUUUCAGUAGAUUGUCCCCUAUAAUGCACAGAGGCUAAACCAAUGUUCUGUUAAGGUGGCUCAUACUUUGUAGGUUACUUAGCCACAUUCUUAGCACAAAAUUAAAUUCUAUAAAUCACUUACAUCUCCAAAUGUCACUGUAAAUAAAGUUAUGGCUUCGCUGCAAACCGCAGCGGUUGUACUUCUACAACUCUUAGGGAGAAGAGGGAGGGUGAUCGAGGAGAAACCAGGACUUUGAACCAUAACACUGUGGACCAUCACUGUGGGAGAUAGAGAGUGCAUCAGAAUGUUGUAUAAUUUUGUAAGGCAGAUGCAUUUUUGAUUUAAAAAAAAAGUAACUUUUUUCCUUGUGUAGAAAUUAAGCAUUGUGUCAGUGUCUUCAACCCUUUGAUUUAAGCCUACAGCAGAAUGGUUCUAAGGUAGACAGAGAGAAAAGUUAUGUGUGCAUUUUUUCUUACAAAAGAGCCUCCAUGACAUUUCUGUUCUGCUCUGCUGUAUUCAUGUAGUUGAGGACUUUAAGACAGCUUACACUGCCUUGUAUUUUAUGUACUAUUUGGCAUUGUAGUGUACUUGUCAAAAACAGGAAAGGAAAGAUGGAUAAAGAGAGAAAGAGGUAGAGACAGAAGUGGAAUGUUCUAAACUGAUCAAGAGCAAGAGAUUAUACACAUAAAACAUGGAUUUGAUGUUGAAGCAGAGGCCUAACGGAAAUGAAGCCUGUGUUGUUGAACCGUGAAUGAAAUGUUUUGUCAUCUUCUUGCUGUCUGCGGUCGUGUUGGCACUUUGUCUUACGCCUUUCCCUCUACACAAAGGACUACUCCUAACUUCUGUUUCAGAGAUGGGAAUUAAUCAAGACUUCAUGGCGUUUCAGUAUGCACUGGUCUUACAGCAGUUCAGUCUAACAGUAUGUCUUUUUUAUUUUAUUUUUUAUUUUAUUUUUUGUAAACCAAAAACAUAGCUUUGCUGUUAAUGAGCUCCUUUAAAUGGAUGGUCCACCGAAAAAUGGAAAUUCUGUCAUUUAUUUAUUCUCAAGUUGUAUGAAUUUCUUUCUUCUGCUGAAAACAAAAGAAAAAAGAUUUUGAAGAAUAUGAGGAACUAAAGUCAUUGGUCCCCAUUGACUUCCAUAGUAUGAAAUAAUACUGUGUCAAUGGGGACCAGAAACUGUUUGGUUACAUUCUUUAAAAUCUCUUCUUUUGUUUUCAGCAGAAGAAAGAAUCUCACACAACUUGAGAAUGAGUAAAUGAUGACAGAAUUUUCAUUUCAGAUGGACUAGCCCUUUAAAUUGAUCUGUUGGGGUUUCAGCCUUUUAUUUUUUAGUCCAGUAGAGAAACAACUGUAAAACUGAGGAAAGAGUGAAGGGUUCACUUGAUAUGAAGCAAGCCGGACUCUACUAACUACCCAGUGCACCACUGCUGUAAUAACAUAGCCAGCCUCUCUUUUUUCAGUUCACUCAAAUAGGAAAAUCUUUUUCUCACUCUCCUGUCAUUCUAAAUCCAACAUGAAAUUGACAAGAAAUGAACUUAUUUUUUUUUUUUCCUUGGAGCACAAAACUUUAACAAAAUAUAAGGGUACUGCAGAGUGCUGAUAAAAUGAAAACUUAAAGUCACCAGAGACUGUCAAUAUAGUUGGAAGAUUUUGUAAAUGCUGCUUUGCAUUUAAGUUCCAUCUAUACAUCAUCUUUUCGAUCUCAGCUUGCAGCUGAAAUGUUCAGGCGCUCAUUUCUUGUCUUCAUUUGCCCCUCCCAUCCCGAGAAACCUCUUUGAUCUGUCGCCAUUGUUUUCAUUUGAAUUUGCAACAUAUGCAAAGAAGGAUUACAGAGUCUGUGUGUGUGUGUGUGUGUGUGUGUGUGUGUGUGUGUGUGUGUGUGUGUGUGUGUGUGUGUGUGUGUGUGUGUGUCUCUCUGUGUGUGUGUGUGUGUGUGUGUGUGUGUGAGUGUGUGUGUGUGCGUGUGUCUGUGUGUGUGUCUCUGUGUGUGUGUGUGUGUGUGUGUGUGUGUGUGUGAUGUUCUUUAGGGCUUCAAAAAUGCAGAAGCAUACAUUAAAAGCAUUUUCUGUUGCAAUUUUUCCUGUCUGUUUUAUUGAAACCAUCUGCACAUCACACACACACACACACACACACACACUCCUUCUGUUGUCACCCCUGAGACUGGAGCUCAACCUGCAUACUCAUUCUGUAGAAUAACAACACUCUUCACCUCACACACCCAAGGCAUCAAAUGCUGCCGCUCGAGAUGCUAAAGGUGUCCUGUAGUAAACAGUCUCUUCAUAGCAAUGUGGAUGGUAUCAACAAGAGACCUUUACGUCAGUACUCUAAAAUGAUACCUAAAAUGUAAUAUCCUGAUAAUUUCGGAUGUUUCAUACUUGGUUAUAACAUGUUAAAUCAUAAAGGUUUUAUUUUGGUGGGAAAUGAUGUGAAUGUGUAAACGAAGUGAAUUUAGAGCACACUGCUUCAAAAACUGCACAUUAAUCCCACUCCUCAUGCUCAUACAAACACACAGAUUUACUCAAUCAGUCGUCAUCAAUAUCAGUUCACUUCUGCAGUUUAUUACGAUCGCGUUCUCUGACGUUAAAUGAACAAAAGCGCUAGUGUGUGAAAUCACUCUUAAUCUAAGGGCAUUUUGGCCGUUCUUUAACUUGAUGAUACUGUUCCAGGGGCCUGAAAAUGGGUUUCAAAGUGAAGGUUUUGAAAAUCAUUGCGUUAUCAUCUCAUGUAAUCGACGAAGACACAAAUUUGUGAAAACGGUGACAUCAUGCACAUGCGUAUCACGUGUUCAGACUAUAGGCACACGUGUGUACAGUAUGUGCACGGGUGUGUAGUGUUUCUUUAUAAAGUGACAUCCAAUGUUUUUAGUUGUUUUUGUGGAUCCGUAUGAAUGGGGAUCACUUUGACAACGUUUUCAAACACGCAAAGGACUAACUUUUCCUCUUCCAGCACAAUUGCCGUCAUUUAAACGUAGCCUUAAAUGACCUCCUAAGUUUCAGAAAAAGCUGUAUUAUAUAUCGAUUAAGCGUUUUGCGCCUUUGAUCAGCUGCUCCUGCAUGUGAAGUGGGAGGGAUGGUGUUUUAGACUUUUAUUUUACAUGUGAACUCGGCAGUAGUUGACACCUUGAGAGUGAGCACCUGUCACUCAUGCGAAGCCCUGCUCUCAUUCUCUGUCUGUCAUAUGUCACUGGUGCUCUCUCAUCUCAUCUCAUCUCUGCGGCCUUCCACACUGUCAUGACUGAGGCAUAUGACUCUUUUACGCUGUCUAAGGCAAGUAUGUAAGCAGUUAAUGACCGCUGGCUGAGUGCUACAAUAGGAAAACAUUCCCGGUCAAGGCUUCAGUGGAUCUCUAAGUGGAUUUCGUUGCCUGAUGCAGGUGGGUUUAGGUUGAGGGUAAAUUACAGCAGUACACCCUUCAUAACAUGUUCUGUGGCACUGCAUGGUACACUGCUGGUUUAUGAAGAGUAACAACAUGGUAUUUCAACAUAUACUGUUUCUGAAUGAUUACCACGCUGCAGACAUUUAUUAUUUACAUUUAUUUAUCUUCUUUUAAAUGACUUUCAGGUCGUUUUUAAAGGAAUAAAUACUGAUGAGGAAUAUUUUUUGCAGUGCAUAUUUAUAUAUGAUGAAAUUUACACUUAAAAGUACCAAGGUAUUACCUUAAAAACACGUUUUCCCAUGGUAUUUGUUUGUCGGUGACAUUAAAAGCAUGAACAAAAUGGUUCUCUUCUGUUGCACCUAUAUCUACAACAAUCAUCAACAAAUAUGUGUAGUAUUUACUCGCUACAUGAUGGUAAAUACUGGCAGCACAUUACACUCCGUUAGUUAGUAUUGUUGUGUUAUGGAACAUCAUUUUGGAAAUGGGGACUUCUGAAGCAGUUAAAUCAACACAGAAAAUGACAUAUAUAUAUAUUUGCAAAUAUAGUAAAUGUAACAAACUUAACCCUUAAUGAUUAUUAAAGUUGAAAAUAAACCAGAUAUAGAGUGCACACAAAUACAUCAUACUGUUCAAUUUGAUUCUUAUCAUUUUGUUAUAUUUAAUCAGAAAUGUUUUCUUAUUUUGCAGACUGAGUGAAUCUUACUGUUUCUCACGUUUCUAUGAAUUUCUGUUGGUUAAUGUCUUCAGAUCAAACGAAUGCUGCUGCUCAAACAAGACCUGAAACCCCUGAUGAAUCACUUUAUUUUAGUUCUGUUCUCUGAAGUGAAGGUGCGAGGUCACUGAAUGUUCAUUGAUCGUUUAUUUGUCAUCUCCUCACCAAGCGAGAAAACAAAACAAAAAAACUUUUUGAAUGUCUUUUAUUGGAGGUUGCAGCUUUUGAAAAUAUGGCUCUCUCGUCCUCUGUCAAACUAAAAAAAUAUUUUGUAUAAAGUAUUUUUUUUUCUUUCUAUGUGAUUAAAGGCAAAUAUACUGAGA